CCCGGAGGAAGAAGGGGGCUGGGGCAAUAAGCUUGGUGUUGGGGGGUAUUUGGACCCCUUGUAGCCCUACAGCCCGCAGCAUGGAGUGAGAGGUGGUCCCUUGGGGGGCAGCCAUCCUGGGCAGAGAUCUGGUACCGGAGCGGGCAGCGUUAUGGCGAGCAGCGCCGUGCUCGGCGAUAACCUCCCCACCUAUAAGCUGGUGGUGGUCGGCGACGGGGGCGUCGGGAAAAGUGCCCUAACCAUCCAGUUUUUCCAGAAAAUUUUUGUGCCCGAUUACGACCCCACAAUAGAGGAUUCCUAUCUGAAGCACACGGAGAUCGACGGGCAGUGGGCCAUUCUGGACGUGCUGGACACCGCAGGGCAGGAGGAGUUCAGCGCGAUGCGGGAGCAGUACAUGAGAACGGGAGACGGCUUCCUCAUCGUGUACUCCGUCACGGACAAGGCCAGCUUCGAACACGUGGAUCGUUUCCACCAGCUCAUCCUCCGAGUCAAAGACAGAGAAUCUUUUCCGAUGAUCUUGGUGUCAAAUAAGGUCGACCUGAUACAUUUGAGAAAAGUUUCCAGCGAGCAAGGAAGGGACAUGGCGGCGAAACACAACAUCCCGUACAUCGAAACGAGCGCCAAGGAUCCUCCGCAGAACGUCGAUAAAGCUUUCCACGACCUCGUCAGAGUCAUCAGGCAGCAAAUUCCAGAGAAAAGUCAGAAGCGGAAAAGGAACACGAAGUGGAGAGCGGACCGAGCGAGCGGAGCCCACCGGCUGCAGUGUGUGGUUUUGUGACGGGCUCCGGGGCGGCCGCUUCCUAAAGCCGACUUCGCAGCUCCGGGGACUCUGUAGAGAAGCCGGCGGCCGCCGAGCCGCCAACCUCCUGCACCACGGACUGCCUGCCGAAUACUUGAACGAGGGCCGGACGCACGGAGGUGGUCUCCGAGCCAGCUCUGUACGCAGAAAAAAAAACAAAAA